AUGACGAAAUUCGGUGAAACAGUAAAAAUAAUUACAUUAAGUAUGAUAAUACGUAUUCAACGCAUUACGUUACGUGUGGGUCAGCUUGAAUCAGAGGUAGAAAACAUUGAAAUUGAACAAAUUUUAAUUAAAGCAGAAAAUGUACAAGAAUUAAUCGAAGACAACAACAUUAAAGUCGAAUCAGAAGAAGAAAACAUUGGAAAUGUACAAAUAUCAAUUGCAGAAAAUAUUAAAAUUGAACCAGAAUUAAUUGAGGAAGAAAACAUUAAAAUAGAACGGGAAUUAAAUACUGAAUUAAUAAUCAAGGAAGAAGAUGUCGAGAAAGGAGAAAUCUUAGAAUCAUUUUAUAGUAGUGACGGAUCAUUUAAUAAAGUUGAACAUAGACGAAUCCAUGGUGAAGAAAAACAGUUUUCAUGUGAUAUUUGUGAUAAAUCAUUUACGGAAAGAAGCAUUCUAGUUGAACAUCAGCGAAUACAUACAAGAAAAAAACCACUCUCAUGUGAAAUUUGUAAUAGAACAUUUAAAUUUCGUAGCCAAUUAGUUAAACAUGGACGAACUCAUGAAAAAGGAUUUUUCUGUGAUGUAUGUAACGCGAAAUUUGAGUUGCCAUGGAGUUUAGUGAAACAUAAGCGAAUUCAUACUGAAGAAUUAGAUCAACAUCAACGAAAUGCUGCUGGUGAAAAAGUAUUUACUUGUGAAAUUUGUGAUAAAACAUAUAAUCAUCAAGCUAAUUUAAUUCUACAUAAAAGAAUUCAUAGUAGUGAAAAACCGUUUUCAUGUGAUAUUUGUGAUAAAUCAUUUUCCCAGCAAAGUACUUUAGUUGAACAUCAACGUAUUCAUACAGGUGAUCCAUUUUCAUGUAAAAUUUGUAAUGAAAUAUUUGAAUAUCGCAGUCAUUUAGUUGAACAUCAACGAAGUCAUACAGAUGAAAAACUAUUUCCCUGUGAUGAAUGUGAUAAAACAUUUAUGGUAGAAUAUACUUUAGUUCAACAUAAGCGACUUCAUACCGGAGAAUUUUCAUGUGACAUCUGUGGCAAAGCAUUUCGAGAGCAAUACGAAUUAGUUCACCAUAAAGAACUUCAUGGGAAUAUAAAAUUAUUUUCACGAACUCAUAAUGAAGAAAAACAGUUUUCAUGUGAAGAAUUUACGGAACGAAAAACUUUAGUUGAACAUCAACGAAUUCAUACAGACGAAAAACCAUUUUCAUGUGAAAUUUGUAAUAAAACAUUUCAAUAUCGUAAUCAUUUAGUUGGCCAUCAACGAAGUCAUACCGGACAAAAAGUAUUUUCCUGUGAGGUAUGUAAUAAAAAAUUCGCGCUACCAUGGAAUUUAGAUCAACAUAAACGAAUUCAUAUGCUUGAAGAAUUUGUAUGUAAUAUCUGUGGCAAAACAUUUAGUCAGCAAGAUGAAUUUCUUCAACAUCAACAUUUUCAUGCGAGUGAAAAAUUAUUUUCGUGUGAAAUUUGUAAUAAAUCAUUUAAUAGUCGAAGCCAGUUUGUUGAACAUACACGAAUCCAUAGAGCUUUCACAUAUCCGUUUUCAUGUGAUAUUUGUGAUAAAAAAUUUACGCAACGAUGUACUUUACUUCGACAUAAACGAAUACAACAUAAAGGAGAAUUUUCAUGCGAUACUUGA